UCAGCCAAUUUCCCGUAGGAGGUUGUUCAGCAAUUACCGGAGGAGAUUGGAGGCGGAGUUUACUACGGUUGGGCCUCUGUGGCUGAUGGUCCUGUGUUUAAAAUGGUUAUGAGUAUAGGCUGGAAUCCAUAUUACCAAAACACAGUUAAAUCUAUGGAAACACAUAUUUUACACAAAUUUAAGGAAGAUUUCUAUGGAAGCAACUUGAAAGUGUGUUUAUGUGGUUACCUUAGAACAAUGAAAAAUUUUGGAUCUUUAGAUGAGCUAAUCUCAGCUAUAAAGAAAGAUAUAUCUGACGCGCAGGAAGCCUUAGACAAGCCAGAAUUCCAGAAAAUAAAAUCAGACAACUUCUUCUCAAGUUCAUCACAAGCCACAUGCUGCUCAGCAUCCCUUUGACCCCGCCUUGCUACAUAGUUACACAUACAUAUAUAUUGUUUUUAUUUAUUUGACUUACAAAAUGUUAAUAGAGGGACCAUUCCACUUUAUGAUGGUAUAUAAUAUGCCUGUCUUUUAUUUAGAUUUAUUUUUUAAUCAGAGGUUUUUUACUUUAAAGAAAUCAUGAGGAUUGGAAAUCCAAAUGUUACAUUGUAUGUCUUGUACAUUUAUGCCUGUGAGGCGUCCAUGGCCGAGUGGUUCUGGUCAUUGACUUCAAACCACUUGUCCCCUUAUCACUGUGGGUUCAAAUCUAGACAUCAACUUUGGAUUCUUUCAUGAGAGGAAGCUAUCCAGCUAGCUUACCAAAUGUGGGAGGUUUUACUCAGGUGCCUGUUUGUGACUGGAAUAAUGCAUGAAAAGGGCACCUUGAGGUCUUCCUCAAACAGUAAAGCUAGAAAGUCGACAUAUGACCUAUACUGUGUUGGUGCUACAUAAAACCCAAUAUAAAAACAACAACAAAAAACAUUAAUAUCUACCUAUGUGCAUAUCUCCAUGUAUAGGGUAAAGAACAUAAGUGCUAAUAUAAAUACAAUAUAUUCCCAAGUUUUAAAUACUUUUUUUAUUGAAGUACAGGAUUUUUUGAAAGUCUUGUUGAAUGGUAGUUAUAAGGAUUGGUUCCUAUAGUUAAUAAUGCCAUGAAAUGUGAUAUAAAGAUAUAAGAAACUUGUGUUUCCAUGGUGAUAAAAUGUUGUUUUCUGCUUUAAUCAAUAGUAACAUAAUCAAAGACUCAGUUAACAUUGUCUUAUACUACAGUACAACCUAUGCAGUAGAACACGUUCUGUGAGAGAGAAAAA